AAGCAUUUAUUCCACUGGGAUAGAAGCGGCAGGAGCAGCGUUGGCACCGGCGAACCAUGGCUGGGAUUUUCUAUUUCAUCCUCUUUUCGUUUCUCUUUGGAAUUUGCGACGCUGUCACCGGUUCUAGGGUAUACCCCGCGAAUGAAGUUACUUUAUUGGAUUCCAGAUCUGUUCAGGGAGAGCUUGGGUGGAUAGCAAGCCCUCUGGAAGGAGGGUGGGAGGAAGUGAGCAUUAUGGAUGAGAAAAAUACACCGAUCCGAACCUACCAGGUGUGCAACGUGAUGGAAGCCAGCCAGAACAACUGGCUGCGAACUGACUGGAUCACCCGCGAAGGGGCGCAGAGGGUGUACAUUGAAAUUAAAUUCACUCUGAGGGACUGCAACAGUCUUCCGGGCGUCAUGGGGACUUGCAAGGAGACGUUUAACCUCUACUACUAUGAGUCGGACAACGACAAGGAGCGCUUCAUCAGAGAGAGCCAGUUUGGCAAGAUCGACACCAUCGCAGCUGAUGAGAGCUUCACGCAGGUGGACAUUGGUGACCGAAUCAUGAAACUCAACACUGAGAUCCGGGAUGUAGGGCCACUGAGCAAGAAAGGGUUUUACCUGGCUUUUCAGGAUGUGGGUGCUUGCAUCGCCCUGGUGUCUGUCCGUGUGUUCUACAAGAAGUGUCCACUCACCGUUCGAAAUCUAGCCCAGUUUCCCGAUACCAUCACUGGAGCUGAUACCUCUUCCCUGGUGGAAGUUCGAGGCUCCUGUGUCAACAACUCAGAAGAAAAGGAUGUGCCAAAAAUGUACUGUGGGGCAGAUGGUGAAUGGCUGGUACCCAUUGGCAACUGCCUAUGCAACGCUGGGCACGAGGAGCAGAAUGGUGAAUGCCAAGCUUGCAAAAUUGGAUAUUACAAAGCUCUUUCCACGGACGCCUCCUGUGCCAAGUGUCCACCGCACAGCUACUCUGUCUGGGAAGGAGCCACGUCCUGCACCUGUGACCGAGGCUUUUUCAGAGCUGACAACGAUGCGGCCUCCAUGCCCUGCACCCGCCCACCAUCUGCUCCCCUUAACUUGAUUUCUAAUGUCAACGAGACAUCAGUGAACUUGGAAUGGAGCAGUCCUCAGAACACAGGUGGCCGUCAGGACAUUUCUUACAACGUGGUCUGCAAGAAAUGUGGAGUUGGUGAUCCCAGCAAAUGCCGGCCCUGUGGAAGUGGAGUCCACUACACACCACAGCAGAACGGACUCAAGACGACCAGAGUCUCCAUCACUGACCUCCUAGCACACACCAAUUACACAUUUGAGAUCUGGGCAGUGAAUGGAGUGUCCAAGUAUAAUCCUAGCCCGGACCAGUCAGUGUCUGUCACAGUGACAACCAACCAAGCAGCACCAUCAUCCAUUGCUUUGGUCCAGGCUAAAGAAGUUACAAGAUACAGCGUAGCUCUGGCUUGGCUGGAACCAGAUCGACCAAACGGAGUCAUCUUAGAAUAUGAAGUCAAAUAUUAUGAAAAGGAUCAGAAUGAACGCAGCUAUCGCAUAGUCCGGACAGCUGCCAGGAACACAGAUAUCAAAGGCCUGAACCCUCUGACUUCCUAUGUUUUCCACGUGCGAGCCAGGACCGCUGCCGGCUACGGAGACUUCAGCGAGCCCCUGGAAGUCACUACUAAUACAGUGCCUUCCCGCAUCAUUGGCGAUGGAGCCAACUCCACUGUCCUGCUGGUCUCCGUCUCUGGCAGUGUGGUCCUCGUGGUCAUUCUCAUUGCAGCUUUUGUGAUCAGCCGAAGACGGAGUAAGUACAGCAAAGCGAAACAAGAAGCAGAUGAAGAGAAACAUUUGAAUCAAGGUGUUAGAACUUAUGUGGAUCCCUUUACAUAUGAAGACCCCAACCAGGCAGUUCGAGAAUUUGCCAAAGAAAUCGAUGCAUCCUGCAUUAAAAUUGAAAAGGUCAUAGGAGUUGGUGAAUUUGGAGAGGUCUGCAGUGGGCGUCUCAAAGUGCCCGGCAAGAGAGAGAUCUGUGUGGCCAUCAAGACUCUGAAAGCUGGCUAUACUGACAAGCAGAGGAGAGACUUCCUGAGUGAGGCCAGCAUCAUGGGACAGUUUGACCACCCAAACAUAAUCCACCUGGAAGGCGUUGUCACCAAAUGUAAACCGGUAAUGAUCAUAACGGAGUACAUGGAGAACGGCUCCUUGGAUGCUUUCCUCAGGAAGAAUGAUGGCCGCUUUACAGUCAUUCAGCUGGUGGGCAUGCUCCGGGGCAUUGGCUCGGGGAUGAAGUACUUAUCUGAUAUGAGCUAUGUGCAUCGAGACCUGGCUGCCAGGAACAUCCUGGUAAACAGCAACUUGGUCUGCAAGGUGUCUGACUUUGGCAUGUCCAGGGUGCUCGAGGAUGACCCCGAAGCAGCCUACACUACCAGGGGUGGCAAGAUUCCUAUCCGGUGGACUGCGCCAGAAGCAAUUGCGUAUCGUAAAUUUACCUCAGCCAGUGAUGUCUGGAGCUACGGAAUCGUUAUGUGGGAAGUGAUGUCAUAUGGAGAGAGACCGUACUGGGAUAUGUCCAAUCAAGAUGUGAUCAAAGCCAUCGAGGAAGGGUACCGGCUACCCCCUCCAAUGGACUGCCCCAUUGCCCUCCAUCAGUUAAUGCUGGACUGCUGGCAGAAAGAGAGAAGCGACAGGCCUAAAUUUGGGCAGAUCGUCAACAUGCUGGACAAACUCAUCCGCAAUCCCAACAGCCUGAAGAGGACAGGGUCGGAGAGUUCCAGACCAAACACAGCCUUGUUAGACCCCAGCUCCCCUGAAUUCUCUGCUGUAGUAUCAGUGGGCGACUGGCUGCAGGCCAUCAAAAUGGACCGGUAUAAGGACAACUUCACCGCCGCCGGGUACACGACACUAGAAGCUGUGGUUCACAUGAGCCAGGACGACCUGGCGAGAAUUGGCAUCACCGCCAUCACGCACCAGAAUAAGAUUUUGAGCAGCGUCCAGGCAAUGCGAACCCAGAUGCAGCAGAUGCAUGGCAGGAUGGUUCCUGUCUGAGCCAGUACCGAAUAGACUCAAAACUCUCGAAUAGUUUACCUCAUCCAUGCACUUUAAUUAAGAACUGCACUUUUUUUACUUUGUCUUCGCCCUCUGAAAUUAAAGGAAAACAAACAAACAAACAAAAAACAAAAAUAUCUGCAGCAUUGCUUGGUGUAAGAGAUUGCUGAAACCAUGGGGCUUAUAAUGAAUGACCUUGAUCAUCAGAAUUAAACCCGGAGCCAGUAAUUUCUCAGAAGAACUCUGUCCAUCGCUGGUGUGUAAAAUACAUGUACUUAUUAUAUAAAUAAAACUCUGCCUCUGAGUUUCGAUGCUGUAUUUCCCGUCAGAUACGUGGCUUUUCAAGUCACCCUAAUCCUUUCUCUGUCUGGAAUUUCAAGGGAAGGAUUUCAUCUGUGGCAUUAAUAACAGUCAUCACUCCUUACCAGAAAGAAGACCGGCUGUGCCCAGAAGCACUGUGAAAGGACUCAAUGGUGGCUUUCAGGGCUCGGUUUAUACCACAGAAGAAAAUCCAGGUGAAAGCCACUUGGCCCAUUCAUGCUGCCUCUUCAGUGCCCAGGACACCUGGUGGAUUUUUAUGACAUGGAGGGGCUAGAAA